UUUUGGCAUUUCCAGCGCCAACCCUAGGCGGCGGACGAGCGAGUAGAAAUUCGGAGCGUGGCUCUGCUCGGAGAUUUGUGCGACUGGUUUCCUUUGACAUCCAAGUACCCGCUGCUCCUUAGCAUCGCUCUCUUACCCUAAAUCAACGUAAGGCACGGGCUCCUCUUCUUCCGUCCCGAGUCUCCCGUCACGUUUUCGCUGCCUAUGUGUAGAAGAAGAUAAAAGAGAAGAGUUUCUUCCCAUCUACCUCCAAAUCGGAAGCAUGAUCACUGGCGGGCAGAGCUUGGUUUCAUCCGCGCCAGCUUUCUCAAAUGACGGGAAGAAACUCCUGGUGUGCACGGGCAAUAUCGUCUCCAUAUUCAGCACAUCCACGGGCAUGCUGAUAACGGAAUUGGAGGGCCACACAGAUCGGGUCACUUCAGUCAUCGUGGUUCCAGUUUCGGGCCCCGUGAGCAAGGUCAUGUCGUACUGCUGGACUUCUUCUUUGGACGGGACCAUUUGUUAUUGGGAUUUCUCAGCGGCAGAGUUGAUAAAGACGAUCAAGGCUCAACACCCAAUCAUCUCCAUGGUGAUCCCAAGCAUAGCAUGCCAUCUAGACGAGAGCAUUGAGGAGGAAUCAAAGCUCUAUGCUUUUGUAUCAAUUGAAGAUACAAGCAAACCAGCUGAUAAGAAGAAAGCCUUGCUUGGACAAGUUCAAUUGUAUAACUUAACUGACUCUCGCCGGGUUGGAGGAUUGUUGUGUGAGACUCGAAAGUCACAUCUAAUACAUGCGAGUAAAUCAGGAGAGUUUAUUGGCAUUCCAAACAAGCGUAAACUACAUAUUUGGCAAAUUCCUGACAAGCGAUUUAGAAGUGAUGAAGUGAAAAAGAUCACAUUGCAUCACACAAAAAAAUUGAGCACUCUUGCGUUCCAUCCAACAGAGAGAGUUGUAGCGGGUGGUGAUAUAACUGGAAGAAUACUAAUAUGGAGGGGAUUUGGGAAGAAAAAUUUCUCAAACAAACUGCCAGUUAGAGACGAGGAAGAGAGGCCUUGUGUAAGAGGUAAUGAUGAUGCUGACUCCUGUACAACAUGGCAUUGGCAUGCCAAUGAAGUCAAGUUUCUUUUCUUCUCCUCUGAUGGUGCUUAUUUGUACUCAGGCGGGAAGGAAGGAGUCAUAGUAGUUUGGCAGCUUGACACGGGAAAGAAAAAGUUUAAGCCUCGUCUAGGAUCUCCACUCAUAUAUUUCAUAGAUUCACCAGAUCCAAAUCUUUCUUGUCUUUCUUGUGCAGAUAAUCAAAUCCAUCUGUUAAAGAUGCCCACAAUGGAGAUCAUCAAGUCUAUUUCAGGAAUUAAGUUGCCUUUCUCAUUUCCAGAUUCGUGUGAGUGCUCAAACAAUGAAUUUGCCUUUUAUAAUGAUGCUGGAUUAGUCGCAUUGCGUGCUGAAGAUUUUUGCAUACAGUUCUUUAACUUGUUUGAAAACCGGGAAAUUUCACAGGUGCAAGUAUGUGAAAGGAACUUCCAACCUGUUGAUGAUGUCACGGUGUUUGUUGCUCUCAUCGCUCUCUCUCCUGAUGGUUCUAUGAUGAGCACUGUUGAUGUUAAGCUUCCUGAGGAGGGGUUAGGAGGCUUUGUGACUCUGAAGUUUUGGAGUGGUUCCCACAUUGGAGAAUACACCUUGUCUACUGUGAUUUAUGAGCCUCACAGUGAUGCACAAAUUUCUGCUAUUGCAUUUCGGCCGGGAGGCCCGGGACAUUCUAUGGCUGUGAGUUCUUCCUUGGGUGGGGAUUUCAAGGUGUGGGUUAAUCCUUCCAAUGUGCCUCAAGAAGGCCAAAUGCAUCAGAAAUCGGGAUGGAAAUGCCAAUCUGUUGGUUCUUACAAGAAUUUGCCCAUGACUGCAGCCACAUUUUCUGCUGAUGGUUCUGUACUAGCCGUUGCAGCUGCGAAUCUGUUUACAUUAUGGGAUCCUGAGAAGAAUGUUCUUAUAGCUGUAAUUGGAAAUACAUUUGCGCCGAUUUGUAAUCUAUCAUUUAUUGCGCAAUCUGAAUAUUUAGUUUCAAUAUCUCGGGAUUCAAAGCCACAGUUAGCUGUUUGGAAUUUGUUAAAGCUGUCUAUGCAGUGGUCUUACCAAAUUUCAACAGAAGCCAUCAGCACUGCAAAAGAUGGAUCUCAGUUUGCUAUCCUUGUCAUCGACAAUACACAUGGCAAAGCUAUUAAAAGAAACCAAGAUGGGAUAAUUUUGUUAUUUGAAGUGGAAAAUCCUACCCCUUUAGCAACUUGGCGGGUCAGAAAGGCGAAGGGAGGUGGGCUUGCUUUUCUAGCUCCUGAUUUAUUACUUCGUGAUACAAAAUAUCCAGGGGAAGGAAGCCACUCAUUACUAGCUUACAUCAAUGGUGAUCAUGAGUACGUUAUCUUUAAUCCACAGGACCCAGAGGUUCAGAUUGCAAGGAAUGCUCUUACCAGGCAAGUUCCUGACAAAGAAUCAGAAUACAUUGGAUAUACAUCUAUAUAUGGUGAGCUCCCAGAAUUUGACAUGAAGGGAGACAGUAUUUCAGAAGUUCCAUUUAUGCCAUCAGAAAGGCCUUGGGAAACUAUAUUUACUGGAUCAUCACAUAAUCUUCCACCAUUAACAAAACUUUGCUCGACAUUCUUGGAAUCAUUACUGGAGAGGAGGUCAACCAUAAAAGGGUGAUAAAUCUGAUCUUUUCCAGGUAUAGGAGAAUAGUUAUAUGAUCUAUAUUUGCUGCUCAUGGAAGACGCAGCACCCCAAUACCUUAUAAUCAGUUUUGUCUUGGUUGGUUGCAUUUCUGGAUGUUUUGUUUUGAUUGCGAAUAUUUUUGGUGAAGUAAGUUUGAUUCCAAGUUGAAGUAAUCUUAUGUUGUGAGGUCAUAUUCCAAGCAGGCAGGAGCAUAAUUCAACAUGCCUUGUGCUCUACAAAUUUUUUGUAAUAGUAGCUUAGUUUUUUUACAAUGUAGGUUUUUGUUGUCUUCUAUCCAUUUGUUGAAGGUUUUGAUGUUUAUAUUGAUUAAUCACAUCCAAUUUGAAUACCAAGUUUUUUUUUUUU